AUGGCAACCCCCAUCCUUCUCUCCCGUGACUCUUUCCACACCACCCACAACAAGAUGGACCACCUUCUUCGCCGGUUCAGCUCCAAAAAGUCCUCGAUGACCAGCAGAGGGAGUCCAUCCACUGUGUAUUCCAGACAGUCAACACCAGCCCCUUCCCCCUCGACGGCUGCUUCUACCCCAAGACCGACUGCAUCACCCAUCGCUCGGGCCAGAAACAACAACAGCAACAACACCAACCCCUUUCCCACCACGAUUCCCACGCGUCGUCCGCCAGCCGCUGAGCCACCCCCUCCUUACUCUCCUCGCUCAGAUUCCAAUACCAACACCAACGUACCUUAUUCGCCAGCUGACCUGUCCACUCCCAUGCAAGUCGCGGAUGACUCGCCCUACGCCUUCCUGCGCACUUUCGACACCAUCUUCCUGAUCGAUGACUCCGGUUCCAUGGCCGGCCGCUCGUGGCGAGAGACCUCUGCAGCAUUGGCCGCAAUUGCCCCGAUCUGCACGGCCCACGACCCGGACGGUAUCGACGUCUACUUCCUGAAUCACCGCAACCCACACACCGCGGGCGGCCUAGGUGGGUACACCAAUAUCACCACUACGGCGACGGUGCAGAGCCUGUUCCAAAACGUGCGACCCCUCGGAGGAACACCCACCGGGACGCGCCUCAACCAGAUCCUCAAGCCCUACCUCUCGGAACUGUCCGACUCGCUCGAGCGACAGUCCCGCAAUAGCAACGAGGCCGAGGCCCCAGUGAAGCCGCUCAACAUCAUCGUCAUCACCGACGGCGUGCCCUCGGACGACGUCGAGAGCGUCAUCGUCCACGCCGCCCGCAAGCUCGACGCCCUGUCCGCCGAGCCUUGGCAGGUGGGCAUUCAAUUCUUCCAGGUCGGCCGCGAGCCCGAGGCCCGGGACAUGCUCUGCGAACUGGACGACACGUUGAGCGCUGAAUACCACAUCCGGGACAUGGUCGACACGGUGCCCUGGAGCGGCGAGGACGGUGAAGAUCAAGGCCUCACCGCCCAGGGGCUGUUGAAGGUGUGCUUGGGCAGCGUGGUCAGACGGUGGGAUCGGCGCCAUGUGUAA